ACGGGGAGCUAGUGGAAAAUGAUAAAAAGGAACUUGUAAACAUAAUAUUGGGAUUUCUAAGGAAUACAGGGGUAUUGUUAUAUCGAUUAUAAUAGAUUGGGUGUAAGCGGUGUCUUGUACACACUUCGGUACAGGAGGGGGCGGUAGUGCAUCUUAUCUGAAUGCCAACCCCCAUUGAAGAAGAAGAGGAAGAAGAAAAAGGAAAAAGAAGCAGAAGGAAGCGGCGACUAGACUUUGCCAGGAGGGAAAAAUAAAAUAAGAUCGAUUCAGACGAUUCAAUUUACCUAAUUCUCUCAUAUGGAUAUGACGGAUUGAUGUGGAACCUGGCUGUCGCUUGCUAUUAUGACUGUUUGUAGGGAAGUUAUACUCUUGGAAAAGAAUCAAAACCCCAACACCCAAAGUUCUACGUCGUGGCACCAACUACUAUUCGACUGCCAAGAAAGUCCAGCUCAACUUAAAUAUCAGUGUGCUGAUUACCCUAGCGAGACAUGAACACAUCACAGAAUGUUCAUCCUUCCAAGCUGUCUUCUGAGAUGGCUCAGUCAUUGUCUUCAUGUCCAGCCAUCCAAACUUCUGUUGAAGAAACCAGCAAAGUAAACAGUUCAAGGUUGGAGGAGGAUCUGGACUCUUACAACCCAAAAGAGCCUCCAUUAGACUGGAGGUCGGACUCCUCCAUUGACAGCUGUUCAGAAGAUGUUCAGGACUCCGGUUUCCCUCCAUCCGUUGACAACGUGGAUAUGUUGAGACCAGCAGUGGCAAGUCUUGCUGGUAAUGUUCUUGUGGAUUUGAACCAGCAGAAACUUGUGGAAGCUGACACAGGACUGGUCCAUGAAAAUACGAGCAAGGUAGAAAGUUGGAACAUAGAAUAUUCUCAGGUGGAACCACAUGAUAGUCUUCCAAUUAAUAUGCUAAAAUCUGAAGAUGAGUUUGUUAACCCAGGAACAAAUGAUGUAGAUCACACCCGCAUUCAGACACUACUCGGUCAACUCCAGUUGAUGGCAGAGGAGCCUCACCACAGCAUCGUUGCUCCACCGUUUUAUGCUCAGCAUCCGGACCAAUCUCAGCCAGAGGGUUGUUCUUCCCGCUUGUUAUUGGACAACAUCAGUGAAACCACAGGACUGCUCUUCCCUGAGAGCCACCAGAGGGACCACCUGGGAGUGCUGGCGUACACCGAGAUCGGAAGCGCUUCACAAGCUGACUGUCUGCCCCAAAGGGGCGACAGGGAUGCUGUUGUCUCUGUGUCCUGCAGACAGAAGGAUGUCCGGAAGUUCAGGGAUAACAAUGACCGAAGUCAAUGGCAACAACAGAGAGAGGACUCAGUCACUUCGCAGCCUGAAGAUGUAUAUCCAGAGCCAGUGUGGAUGAAGUUUGGAGAGGAGCCCCCAGCUGAAGAGGCUGCACACCGCAGUGAGCAGAGCUCUGAUGAGCAGCCUUCAUACAAAGACGUGCCUGGUCCCUGUGACCCUGAAGAUCUCCUGGAUGGAGUCAUAUUUGGAGCCAAGUAUCUCGGCUCCACUCAGAUCAAGUCAGACAGGAACCCGUCGACAAAUGCAAGGAUGUCGCAGGCUCAGGAAGCAGUGGACCGCAUCAAGGCUCCAGAAGGAGAAUCUCAGCCCAUGACAGAAGUGGACCUGUUCAUCUCAACCCAGAGAAUCAAGGUUCUCUCUGCUGACACUCAGGAAGCCAUGAUGGACCACGCUUUGCAGAUGAUAUCCUACAUUGCUGACAUUGGCGAAAUAGUAGUACUGAUGGCACGCAGGAACCGAAAAGGACAGAAUGGAGGUUCCUCCUCUCCCUCCUCCGGGCCUCAGAAGAAAUGCCUCAUGAUCUGCCAUGUCUUCUGCUCGGAAGACGCUCAAACAAUUGCUCAAUCCAUCGGUCAGGCUUUCGGAGUGGCAUAUCAGCAGUUCCUGCAGGCGCACGGCAUCAAGGCUAGUGAUCUGAGGCCUGGAGAAUAUAGUGACUACCUGGAAAGUCAGGAGCUCUACAAUGGAGACUUGGUCCACUUUUCAGACUCCCAGAACCUCAGAGAGGUCAUCAUCACUAAAGCGGCUGGAGAGAUUUUGGGCCUGGCUAUUGUGGAAUCAGGCUGGGGAUCAAUCUUACCGACUGUGGUGGUAGCAAACCUCCUUCACAGCGGCCCAGCUGAACGGUGUGGAGAACUCAGCAUCGGAGAUCGUAUUAUGUCUGUUAAUGGGACCAGUAUGGUGGGUCUACCCAUUUCCACCUGCCAGAACAUCCUACGGGACUUAAAAAGCCAAAGAUACGUCAAGAUGAAUAUCGUCCAUUGUCCACCAGUCACCAUGGCAAUAAUCCGAAGGCCAGACUCCAAAUUUCAGCUUGGCUUCACCGUAGAGGAUGGCAUUAUCUCCAGUCUAAUGCGCGGUGGGAUCGCUGAAAGAGGUGGCAUUAGAGUUGGACAUCGCAUCAUUGAAAUUAACGGGCAGAGUGUGGUUGCUACACCACAUGAGAAGGUUAUCCAGAUACUAACGAAUGCAGUUGGCGAAAUACACUUGAAGACGAUGCCCUCCUCAACUUACCGACUGCUCACAGGACAGGAGCUACCCGUGUUCCUUUAAAAAGUCUGAAUUCCUGAAAAUGUUUGCAAAAUAAAAUGAUUAAAUAAUAAUAACAAAAUUAGAAAUAUGUGAUAAUUAAUAUAUUUUACCAAACUGACGCACAAGCAGAUCAAAUCUUGCUCAGUGUGCUUUAUCAGGGCUUGAAAUGACAAGGAAAACUGCAUUGUUGAACGGCAUAAUUAAAAUGCUUAUUGUCAAUUUCAACAUGAUUAAACAUCACUCCUCCUCAGAUCAGUGAUUACUGUCUCUAAUUGUUUACCGGUUAGGUAACACUGUCCCAUUUGUUUAAUAUUUUUGACAUGAUGGUUUCAAUCAUUCAUGUCAUAUACAUACAUACAUUUUUAAGCUGUCUGAAAAAAUAUUUUGAAGAUAAUUGCCUUAAACAAAACCUGCUUUAAUAACCUUUGGGUUAAAAUGCGUCAGUAGUGAAUGACAUUUCAAAUGGCUCUUGGGAUGAAUGAAUUGAGAUUUCAUUGAUCAGUAAAUUUACAUUUCAAUGUAGAUGUCUGUCUGUGUCUUUCUUUCUGCCAGGAAAAUGCAUGGGAAUGUCUAUAAAUAGUUAAGCACCAUUUGUAGUC